ACCAGGAUUGCACUAAGAAAGCGAUCAUAUAACGAUUUUAUGGACCAAUUUCGCAAAGUUUAUGACGACGACAUGCCCAACCUCAUGUGCGUCGUUCGCUCGCCAUCAGAGCUAUUAUCCAGACUGGGGGACCGAGCUCCCGAUUAGCGACUUCUCCACUGGCUUCAAAGGGGCUACGGACAUUGAGCUACGUUCCUUUACUCUAGCCAAAAUUGCCGAGCUUGAGGCAAGAGGGGAGGCUGGCUCCCUUGAGCCAGACUGGAUCGCGAUCAUGGAUGAAAUAUCGCUUCGAGGUAGGACAGUGGUCAUGCAAUACAACAAAGAGCUGUCCAUGUGGGCUCAGGACCUGGAAGAUGCAGAGGAACCAUUUAAGAUUCCCGGUGACGCUGAUAUAGAGGGCGAUGGUAUCUGGUGGAAGUGGCGGGUACCCAGCAGAUUUCCAACAGUGUUGAUUGUGGUGACCCUCCAAUGAUUCAGUUGUAUUCUCGCCCGGAAUUCCUGGGUUCGGAUGGGGUUGUCAAGGUGGACGUUAUUCGGAAAGCUAUACGUGGAGAC